UUGUAAAACCUACUAGGGUUUCUGUAUAUAAGCGCUGCUUCAAAUCGGGAGCCUCUCUCAAAACUUCAUCCCUAAAACCAGAGAGUGAGUGAAAGAGAGAAAAACCUUUCACAUCAACCAAUCAUGGCGGAACGUGGUGCAGGAGACAGAGGUGGAUUCGGAGGAGGUUUUGGCGGUCGUGGAGAUCGCGGCGGCAGAGGUGACAGAGGAAGAGGAGAUCGUCGUGGUGGAAGAAGAGGCGGCGGCCGUCGUGAAGAGGAAGAGAAAUGGGUUCCAGUCACCAAACUCGGUCGUCUUGUGAAAGACGGACAGAUCAGAAGUCUUGAACAGAUUUACCUUCAUUCACUAGCAGUGAAAGAAUACCAAAUCGUUGAUACUCUCUUAGGACCAGUAUUGAAAGAUGAAGUGAUGAAAAUCAUGCCUGUUCAGAAGCAAACUCGUGCUGGACAGAGGACCAGAUUCAAGGCUUUUGUUGUUGUUGGUGACACUAAUGGUCAUGUUGGUUUGGGAGUGAAAUGCAGUAAAGAAGUUGCUACUGCUAUUCGUGGUGGGAUUAUUCUUGCUAAGUUGUCUGUUGUACCUGUUAGAAGAGGUUACUGGGGUAACAAGAUUGGUAAACCACAUACUGUUCCUUGUAAGGUUACUGGGAAAUGUGGUUCUGUUACUGUAAGAAUGGUUCCUGCUCCUCGUGGUGCUGGUAUUGUUGCUGCUAGAGUUCCUAAGAAGGUUUUGCAGUUUGCUGGUAUUGAUGAUGUUUUCACUUCAUCUCGUGGAUCUACCAAAACCCUUGGAAACUUUGUUAAGGCUACUUUUGAUUGUCUCCAAAAGACAUACGGGUUCUUGACUCCAGAUUUCUGGAAGGAAACUAGCUUUACCAAAUCCCCUUUCCAAGAGUACACUGACCUGUUGGCUAAGCCCACAAAAGCUAUCACUCUUGAAGAAGUUGAAGCUUAAAUGGCUCCAAGAUGAGAGAAUUAAGAAUAGUCUUUAGCUUAUAUUUUUGGAUUACUUGUUAUCUCGUUUUGUUUUUACUUAAAUGGUGUUGCUGGACAUAAAGAUUUUGAAAACUAAAGCCAGUUGAACUUGAGAACUCCCUUGGAUGUAGUUUUGCAAUAUGAUGUUUGUUUAAUUCUCUUUACCAUUUCGUUU